AUGGCCCGAUCUUCCUCCGGGACUAGCCCAGCUCGCAGCUCCGGCCGGAACUCCACCACCGCCAGUCGUCGCCGCAGUUCUUCCAGAAAACCAACCGCGGGGCCUUCAUCUGCCUUAACACCUAAAUCGCGCUUGACAGCCACGGCCUCAUCACCCACCACCAACACAGGCAGCAAAAAUAAAUCCCUGGUCCACAUCUUCUUCGAAUCCUUUUGGGGCACGGUCGUGGAUUUUCUCGGGUUCAACCUCGGUCCGGGGUUCAUCAUGAUCCGCAUGUGCCACAUUGUGAACGCCUUCAAGGGGGCCACGCUUCCCUUCUGCAUCUUCCUCAUGCACUAUCCAGGAAAAUAAAACACCCAUCCCCAUCCAUUUUUUGCAUGACAAAUGUUGCUUUUGAUGCGUGUUUUGCAUAACAAAUUGGAUGGGGAUGGGUGUUUUUUCCUGGAUAUGUACCACUUCGACAAUUUUUCCGCCCCCUGCCUCACCUACACAGCGCUCCACGGUAGCUACGGCGUUUUAUGGGUUUUGAAAGAGCACUGGUGCCCUGACAGACGAUUUCACGAGCGCGUCCCGCUAGGCUCAGCGCUCGCCGCGGCGGUCUUUUGCGGUCUGUAUUGGCUGGCACCGGUUUUGCUUAUUUCGAAGUACGAGUACAGAAGCGCCGGUACUAGCACAGGCACAGGCUACGACUACUUCAACAUGUUCUCUGGUAGCAUUACUUCCGCGGCCUACCCUAUCGAGGUUUCACCGGUGCGGCAGGCAGUCUGUACCUUCGUCUACGUCAUUGGCGUGGUCAUGAUGUUGGUUGCGGACACACACAAAUUCAUCGCGUUGGAAAUGUACUACAAAGGUGGAAGCAAGAUGGUGGACAAACAUGAAGUUGACCACGACACGGAGAUCAACGAGAAGAAAAAGACUGCACCGCUUCUCAUCCAAGACGGCAUCUUCUCCAACAACCGAAAUCCAAACUACCUCGGCGAGAUGCUCCUCUACGGCUCGUUUGCGGGGCUGGUUCCGAACAGCGACAUACCGAAGUACGUUCUCGCGUUUGCCUGGGGGGCUCUGUUCACGGUGAAUAUUUACAAGAAGGAGUCAAGUUUGAUGCGAAAGCCUGGAUAUGAGGCGUACGCAAAGAGAAGUUGGAUCAUCUUGCCAAAGCCUAAAAAUUUCUUGCUCAGAUGAUUUCCGCCGUCGUGAUCGGCGAAAUUGAGCUUGACACUCGGCCAAAAAAUCAAAAUUGUUGUCCAUUAUGGCAUGAAGUACUACUAGUCAAUAAUUACAGAAAUGAAGAAUUCAGCACAG